AGUACAGGGUUUGACCUGAGCAAGCGCGCCGCUGCUCGACGCGUAUGUGGCUCAUUUACAUACAUAACACCGCCCAGGGGGACGAACAUGAUGAUCUGCUAUCGAUUGAAACCUAACCGUGUACAGGGAGGCUGAAGAAAGUUUCAGUGUACAGUGGAUUGUUAAACGCAGACUGAAGUGUUUCCACGGACUCUUAUGCGCAGUAGUCGGGCUCUUCUCCCCACUUUUUGGACAUGGACGCUUUGAAAUCUGCCGGGAGGGCAAUUAUACGAAGUCCUAGUAUCGCUAAACAGUCAUGGGCUUCCGGAAGACAUAAAAAGCUGCCGGAGAACUGGACUGACACCAGGGAGACUCUGCUGGAGGGCAUGGUGUUCCAGCUGAAGUACCUCGGGGUCACCAUGGUGGAGCAGCCCAAAGGAGAGGAGCUGUCUGCUGCCGCCGUCAAGAGGAUAGUGGCCACGGCCAAAGCCAGUGGGAAAAAACUCCAGAAGGUGACACUGACGGUCUCACCUCGUGGAAUCAUCCUUUACGACAGUGCCUCCAACCAGCUCAUUGAAAACAUCUCCAUUUACAGAAUAUCCUAUUGCACAGCAGAUAAAAUGCACGACAAAGUGUUUGCCUACAUCGUCCAGAGCCAACACAACGAGACGUUAGAGUGCCAUGCUUUCCUAUGCACCAAGAAAAAAAUGGCCCAGGCGGUGACCCUAACUGUGGCCCAGGCGUUCAGAGUGGCGUUUGAAUUCUGGCAGGCUGCCAAAGAAGAGAAAGAGAAACGUGUCAAGUCAGGUUCAGAUGGAGAAGGAGGCAGCCAUUCUCAAUCCGAGAGCUCGACCAGCCUGUCCAGCCUGAAGGGAGGAGAAGCAGCCACAGGAAAACUUCUGGAUUUGGCAGAAGGGGCCAGCGUGGCACUGGUCCACUCAGGAACAAAACGGACAGACUCCGAUCCCUUUAUGGAGCAUAAUCACGCCGCAGAGAACAACAAUACUGUUUGGGAGCUGGAGGAUGGGCUGGAUGAAGCUUUCUCCAGACUCGCUGAGUCUCGCACUAACCCCCAGGUCCUGGACAUUGGGGUGAAUCCUCAGGACUUGAACACAGAGGAGUGCCUGUCACCGGGCAAAUGGGACCAAGAGGACUUCCCAGCACAAACAGACUUUGGGCUCUUAAAGUGAAGCACUCACCAGGAGAGAAUUGGACUCAAAAAAACUGCUAAAAACACACAGCUAGUGAUGAGGGAAGACAAAGGACUCUUGGUUGAGGUUCUGCACCUUGCCUUACUGCCAAGUCGUUUCAUGGGUACCACUUGGUGGCGCUCUGAUAUUUUCUGCUGUUACAGCCAUGGGUGGAAACAUGAAGAGGCUGCUCACAAAAUUCGCCAAAGCAAUACAAACUCCUGAUCCCCUUUUGUACCAAAUCCAUGUUUAUUUAAUGUUUGUUACGGUCAGUGUAUUCUUUCUUUUACUGUGCUUCAUGCUCAUGUAUGUGGUAUGUGUGUACUUUUGUCUUGUGUGUUACAUUGAGGGUAUAUUAUGCACACGGUUACACAGGACUAAAAUGGACUGCAUCUGUAAAGGGGAAAAUUGCUGCUUCAGCUUGUUUAGAUAACAAAUGUAAAGAAGAAACUUAAGAGACGUUGCAAGGGAUAGUCUGAAUCACAGCAGAAAUAACAAAGUUACUACCUAUGUUUCUCAUUCAAUGCUGCGUACUGUCAAGCAUUGAGAGCUUUAAAUAUGUGUGUGUGUGUAGUGGUCAAAGACUGUAUGGGACUUGCGUAAAUGAAAACAAAGAUGACAAUCCUAUUUUUUUCUAAUGCAAAUUCUAUUUCUGCACUCUGCAUCCAUUGGUUUAAAAAGCACACGUUUUACAUAAGUCUCAGCAAUGAUUGAUGUCACUAAACUUAAUUGUUUUCAGCCAUUUUGUGUUUGACUGCAAACCAAACUGAUUACAUAUUACUAACCAUUAGAGUAUCGUAGCAUAGGCCAAAGGGACAGAAUGUGGGUUACCUAUGUUGAUGUCUGAACACUGUGUAUGAGACUGAUAAGUGAUGUUCAUCACUCUUAAUUUGGCUACAUCUGGGUUCAAUGGAAUUGCAGGCUCAUUCAGUAGAGUUCAGGCGGGUCAUUUAUUGUUUACCAGUGGAGACAUUUGGCUUGGAGCAGGGGUCAGUAGCAUUACAUUUAUAAACUGGACAUGGCAGAAGUAAAGAAACAUUUAAAUAUAACAUGAUCUUAACCUGCCCCUGAGCUAGCAAUAUAUGUUUUCUAAUUUUCUAUUAAAAAAUAUUUUCAGACCUAAGAGUAUCAUUUUUGUCAUUCAAAACUACUAAAACAACAAAUGUUAUUUCAAAUCUACAACAUGUCAGUGUGAAACGGUCUCCUAAUAUUUUUAACUCAUCCAGAGGUUCAAAAUCCUUUUUUCUGCUGAAUGUGUGUUACACAGCUUGUGAUUAGGUCACACUUAACAGUUGUAUUAGCCUACUAUAUUUUUCACUUUGUUCAUGGCCAAGGGAAAACUUGCAGACAGUGUGACUUUUCAUGUAUGAAUUUAAUUUAAAUCUUAUUUACAUAAACUCCAGUAGAAACGAGUCGAGAUCAUGAGUGUGUUUUUUUUUUCUUCAUUUAUAAAGUUUAAGAAAACCAUGUGGUGCAUAAAGUGCACGGUGCAAACGCACCCGCCACAAAGGCCAGACUGACACACCUCCAUCUGUCAAAGGUAAUGGACAAUAAUGGAAAAUAAAUACGCUUUUAAUAACUU